AAAAAAACAAAUCUAGACAUUCAUGAGAUAUAACAUUCGUCCCAUUUUAUGUGUUCUACUUUUAUUUAGUACAAUUAUUAAUGAAUUUGUUGAAAAAAUAAAUUGAAAUGUUACGUUGUUGAUCACAUAUUUCUUUUCAAAAUGGGAAAUGGGACACUUAUUUUGGGACAACAAAAAAAGAAAAGUUGAACAUGUAAAAUGGGACGGAGGGAGUAAAUAAUUUACAGAAAUACUUGAUUUACACGUUUUGUACACAUUCCAAAAAUCUACAUUUCUUUAGAUUAAUUGUUUGUGAUACCGACAAAAUGCACUGAGACGUCUACAAAAGUAUAGGAAUGGCUUUUUCCAAGAAAUAACAAGAAAUUUAAAGAUGGACUUUGAGCUUGACGUGCCAUCUUAUUUGUUUUCUGCGAGACAAAUAAUUAAACCUACUACCCUUACCUACUCUCCUCCCCCUUCUUCCACUAUCAUUCAUCAGGUGACCAGAAAUGAAAGUUUAGUUUUUUUGUUGUUUGUUCUUUAACUUUCUGGUCCAUAUAUUACCCACAUGCAUGAUAUGCGUGCGUACAAUCAAACUUGUUUAAUUUAAUCGUCAGUUUUCUGAUGCGGUCGGGUUCGUUUGCUCUAACUUUGUUUUUGUUUUUUUAAGGAUUUGGUUGUGUUUGUUUUCAUUUUUAACUGUAUACAGAUUUUGCUGUCUAGCUGGGGUUGUUUUCGAUCUGUUGCUGUUGGGAAUUAUUGGGAAAAGUCUUUUAGUUUACACAUCUUCUCUCCAUAUAUAUAAUAAGCUAGCUGCACAGGUUGUUGAAUUAAGUGGGUUUUUAUAUCCACCCUAAGCUAAGUUUAGGGUUUUCAUCUCUCUUCUGAUCUGAUCCUGGAGUGUUGGAGAUAGCCAGGAUAGAUUGGAAGUAUGGAUUCGUAGAAAUUCUUCUUCCAAUAGUUUAACACCUUUUCAUGUUAGUCCAAAAGUUGCUUCCUGGUCUUGCUAGCUCCGGCCUUCAGUCCAAAUUAGGAUCUUAGGUGGUGUUGCCGAAAAGGAUGGAUUCGAUCAGCUUUGGUUUCGAAGAAAGAGGGUUUAUGUUUUCGGAAAGCGGUUUUGAAUUACUACCAAAUGAUACCACCUUCACAAGGAGCACAAAGGCAUUUUACCAAAUGGGUGAAAAUGUGAAUGGUCAUAAUCAUCAUCAUCAUGAAACCAAUGAAGUUGAAGAGUUCAUGGACUUCGGUUUAGGCGAUAUGCUUCAAAAGUCACCACCACUUCGAAGUGUAUGUGAUGAUCCAUGCUUGUUUAGGGUUUCAAGCGGUGAGGAGAUCGACAAUAAUAAUAACAAUAAUAAUAAUGACAAUGGUGAUGAGAUAUUAUUAUCUACAUUACCUGGCACUAUUAUUAUACCAGAUCCAAAUCAUCCAACAGUAUCAGAUGAUAUAGAUGCAUGGCGGCUUCAAGUGCCGUUCGGUUUGGUAUCAGAUCAUCAAGAUCAAACCCCACUGUUUCCAGUUUCAGGUUAUGAAUCUGAUCACACAGCUCCAAUCUUCCAAGUGGGACAUGAUUGUGAUAAGGGAUUCUUAUUAGGGGAUAAUAAUAAUUUCAAGAAAGUGAAAAGUCUUCAUCAACGGUCAAAGGAUAGUUCAUCAAUGGAAGCUGCUACUGAUGAAGAGACUUCUGUGGUAGUGAAAAAGCCAAGGAUCAGUACAAGUUAUACUAAUUCCCAGCAGCAAACUUCUAUUGGAAUUGUGUGCCAAGUUCAUGGUUGCUUCCGGGACCUGAGCUCAUCAAAAGAGUAUCACAAGAGGCAUAGGGUUUGUGAUGAGCACUCUAAGACUGCAAAAGUGAUAGUUGAUGGCAUUGAACAACGGUUUUGUCAGCAAUGUAGCAGGUUUCAUUUGCUGCCAGAAUUUGAUGAUGAUAAACGAAGUUGUCGUAAGAGCCUUGCAGGGCACAAUGAACGGAGACGAAAGCCUCAGUAUGAAAGUCCCCAUGCUAUGACAGGUCAAAGGUUCUUUGGCAUGAAUGCACAGUCAACGCCCUAUUUCUUACCGGAACUGCUUCCUGUCAAUUACUUUGGUCAAGAAAACUAUGAAUUAGAGAGCAAUGGUAAACCAAUGAAGAAAUCGGAAGAGAAGCACAUUUCUUUCUCCACUUUAGAACUGCCACAAUCGGCAGGGCAUUUAUUUGCCAAGAACCUCCCUAAUCUACAUGCUUCUCUUCCGGGAAUAAGUCAUCAUGUUUCCUUCCUCAGAGACUUCACCAAUAAUCAUUCAGGGGCAAGUACUUUAAAGAGCUUGACAGGGGAUGGGCUUUUACCUGGAGUCAUUGAAAUGGAAGGAAGUUAUUGUCAUGCUUUUGACAAUAGUCUGGGCAUUUAUUAUGAAACUGAAACAGAUGAAAGUUUUCAAUCUACUGAAAGUGGGAAGACCAUUGAUUUGCAGCAGUUAUCAACACAUCUUCAGAGAGUUGAGCAGCAAAGAAAGCUCUGCUCAAGUGAAGCCGCUAGAGAAAUGGAAUUUCGUGACCUGGAAACUUAGGAAGGUUUUUGUACUUCUUGUUCCGUUUAGGGGGAGAGUGAUAAGAAAAUUAAAAUGUCUCAUUUGGAGCUCCUACUCUUGGUAAAAUUCUUAUUAAUGGAGGAGGAGGGGGAGGAUGUUGAUGAUGGAUUAUGUUAAGAAUGAUUUUUGUGUGAUUUCCUCUCAUAUACUCUUCAACCAAACAAUAUGAUAAUGUAUGUUUGGACUUUGAAUCCUGGAAAAUACCGUACAGAGAAAUGAGAAAACACCGACAUGUGAUGAUACAAAUUUACAAUUUUAUCUUUGUC